AUGAGAGAUAUGCAAUUAAAAGUUGAAAAUGUGGACUAUCCUUUGAAUCUGACUAUUUAUGUUCCUGGAAAUGGAUCGAUUGGGAAGCUGGAUCAUCAAAUUAAACUGAAUAUUGACAAUUAUAGAUUAUAUGCAAUUAUUUGUCACGCAGGAAGUAUACAUACAAGGCAUUAAUUGCAUCAAAUAAUAAUAUUUUAUAUAUAAUAAAAUUAAAACUAUAAAUUGAGUAAUUGAUUUAAUAUUGUAUAAUUUAUUUGGUCACUAUUGGGCAUAUUUACUUAUAGAUGGCAAAUGAAUUGAAUGUAAUGACAGCAUUGUACGUGAAAGCCCACCCAAUUUAUCAAACUGCUAUAUGCUCUUUUAUUCUAAGAAUUAA